ACCCGUGUCACGUGAUUCAGCUUACUAGGUCAUAUGAUGAAUGGGACGGAAAGGAAGACUUUGCUUUUGCCGUACGAUAUUCGCAAUGUCUGAAAAUGAAAGAGAAGAUGCACAUAGUUCAGAACUCUUCUUAGGAAUCAGUUUACCCGAAGCAGAAGAGUUGGAUGACCAGGAGUUUGACAUUCCUCAAGUGGAGGCAGCUCCCACCCUAGAGAGCAUUUUAAAUGAGGAUGCUUUCCUGGAGAUGGAGCCCAACUCCUUCUUACCUGAUGACUUCAGUCUCUCCACACUGGAGGGGGAAGAGUUGGAAGAAGGCAGCUUGCAGCUCCAGCAGCAAGAUGAGGUGGUGGUGGAGGGGGUGUUAUCCGAGCUGGAAGAAGAAACAGCAACAUCCCCACCAGCAUCCCAAUGGAUCAAAGAUCCACCUCUUCCCGCAGUUGAAAAGGAUGAUGUUUUGCAUUGCAUCACUCUGAAAGGCAUCUCUGCCCAGAUCCUGUCUGCUGUGGGCCGAGUAGAAGGUGGAGGGGCAACUGCAAUGGCUGUCUGUGGCAUUAUAGCAAUAGGGACAUCAACUGGCCAGCUGCUCAUUUUCGACCCCAGUCAGGUUCUGAAGCUUUGUCUCGGGAGCCAGGCCUUGGGGGCCCAGCACGGGUCCAUAACCGCCCUCGGGUUCAACGGUGACGGCACUCGCAUCCUCUCUGGAUUUGCCAGGGGACAGAUUCUUCAGUGGGAUGUUGAAUCAGGAAAACUGCUUCGAACCAUUGCCAACGUUGUUCCAGUGGGCAAUGCGGUAAUCACUGUCAAGUUUACAGAUGACCCCACGGUUGCUGUGUGCAACGACAGCACCGGCUCUGUGUUUGAGCUUCAGUUCAAGAGGUCCCUGGGAGCGAAGACGUGGGAAUCCCGCUGCUUGUUCAACAGCGAGAAGGGGAUGGUUCGCUGCGUGGAGCCCCUGCAGCUUCGGGAGGAGUCCUCUGGACACCCCGCUGCGCAGCUCCUCCUGCUGGCCAUGGUAUCACUGCGCAAGCUCCUGGUCAUCUGUCAGAGACCUGAGGCGAGAGUGAUCCAUGCCUCCCCUCUGGUCCAGGCUCAUACCGACUGUAUUCCCAGCCUCUCCUGGCACUUCCUGCGGCUAGGAGGCUCGACUGAUCCCGCGCUGGCUUUCUGCCAGGGCUCCUGCUUGUCUCUUUACCAUGUGAGAUUCGGAAGUGAAAGUAUCUCAGUAGUGAAAUUAAAAGAAUUCAAUUUCCAGUUUGAAAUAAUGAACUCCAAGUGGCUAAGGUCCAAGACCUUGCUGUUGGUAGAUGCUGCGGAGCGGGUCCAUGCAGUGGAUAGGGACAGUGGGGAGGACCUGCAGGAGUUGGUGCUGGACAGUUUGGCACUGGUCAGCACCCCCACACCCCACCCAAUCAACCAAGCCUCAGAGGAAGGCACCACCUCAAAACUGACUGAAUGCAAGAAAAUUACCUACCAGUCAGUGUGUGCUCAUGGAGGGGAGGUUACCCUUCUGGGGACCAAGUCCGUGCGGUUGGUCACAUUGAAAGCAUGGGCAGAGAGGUUGGACUGCCUUGUGAAUCAGGAGCAUUACGGCCAGGCGCUGGCUCUUGCUUGGAAGUUUUUUGAGGGGAGUGCCAAGGGAGUUGUGGGUCUUCCUGGGGACAACCAAAGGAGGAAAGAAGUGGUGGCUAAUAAGGUGUUAGAGCUGCUCUUGGCCUAUGUGGAUUUAUCACUGAGGAGGUGUCCUGAACAAGGAAAACUUCAGGUCAUGGAAGAGCAUUUCCAGAAAACAAUCCCACUUUGUGUUACUUGCUGCAUUAAGUUCAACAAAACGGGGGUGCUGUUUGGAGAGGUGUAUGAGAAAUUAAUCCAGCAUGCAGUAGCGCUAGGGGUCCUGUUUGAGUGCCUGCAGCCCCACAUAUCUGCAGGCCGGCUAACAAGUAUCCCCCCACUGGUCAUGAAAGACAUGGUGGCACACUAUGAUGACCAGGGCAUGACAGAGCUUCUUGAUGACCUCAUACCCCACCUUGAUGUCAUGACCCUUGACCUCCACCAGGUGGUCUGUUUAUCCAGACAGCACAGGUUGUGUGAUGCUUUGAUCUUUGUGUUUAACAAAGGAAUGAGUGAUUACAUCACACCCAUUGAGGAAUUGGUAGGAGGCAUGGCCAGUGCUUCACAUCAAGGUACAGAUGAACAGACAACAGUCGGCAACAAGAUUCUAGUAUACAUCAGCUGUUGCUUGACUGGCCAAGCAUAUCCUUUUGGUGUAAUCCCAGACAAUAUGGUUCAAACAGUGAAAUCACAGGUGUUUACCUGCCUGACGAGCAUACAGGUGAAGGGUAUUGAAGCAAGCAAAGAGCCUUAUCCAUUCAUCCGCACAUUACUCCAGUACAACACAAGAGAAUUCCUCAAUGUGCUAGCACUGGCAUUUGAAGAUCUGGAGCAAGACGAGCAAGCAAUUGAAUUUCACCAGAGAAUGAUAGACAUCCUGCUACAGGUGAUGCUGGAGAGCACAGACUUCAGCCCUUCCCAGAUUGGCAGCCUCUUCACCUUCCUGGCUCGCCAGCUAGCCAAGGCUGAGGACAACCUCUUUGUUAACCGUCAGCUCUUCCACCAGGCUCUUGAUUUUUUGUGCAAUCCCGAGGACACAACCCAGCAUGCAGAGAGACAGCAGGCAUUGUUGGAGCUGUUGCAGGCUGGUGGGGCUGCAUACUUUGAGGAGCAUAAGCUUCUCUCUAUGGCUGAGGCUGUGCAUUUCUAUCAGGUGUGUGAGUUUGUGUAUGAGCAGAAACGUUUAUAUCACAGAAUUGUGACCUGCUACUUGAAGGAUCCUGCAAGAAAGGAUCAAGCUCUUCAGUAUUUUCAAGAUGUCAUCUCCUCUGCUGAACUCACUGAGGACGAGAGGGUCUUGUUCCAAAAUGAAGUCUUCUGUAACCUUCAGGAACUCCUGGCACUCAGUGCACGCCAGACAGCCACCCUCAUUCUUCGUCAUUUCCAGGACAGCAUCCCACUCGUCAUGGAAACCCUUCAACAGGAUGCCAGACUGCUUUUUGAAUUUCUUCACGGAGUGUUCAAUCCCAAAGUGGAGCCCUGGCCUUUCAAAGAUGCUAGCCUCCUCGGGCACGACUGUCACGAGCGCUACUUGGACCUGCUGUGUCAGAGACACCCGUCCUGGGCACUGGAGUUCCUCAAGCUGUCAGACAUGUACCGGCCCGAAGAAGCAGUGGAGAUAACACAAAGACACCAGGUGAAUGAUGCCCUGGCAUACCUCCUGGAGAGCCAGGGAAACACACAGGGGGCGUUCUCUGUUCAUAUGGAGAACCUCAAACGGAGUAUGCAGAGUUCAGUGUCUCCCGCCAGUUUAGAGGAGCCUGGAGGGGUACGGGAGGGCUCUGAACCCCUUCAGACCGUCCGCUCACUACUCUGGGACCUCGUCGCCUUCUGUCAGCGAGCUUCAGUCACUCUGGACUCCAAGCAGAGAGAAGACUUGUGGUUUCCUCUUCUCGAUUUCUUGAUGUCCCCAUCAGAGCAAGUACAGGGAUCCCUUUCACCUGAAAUGGAGAGAGGUAUCAAAGACCUCACCAAGGAGGUGCUGGAUGGGAUGACCGCUUACAUCCCUUUGAUGGCUAUUCUCCAGCGGCUUAUGCAGGACCCUGUUUACAGUGUUGGGAAAUAUGGAGAAAUUAAAAACCUCAUCUUUGGGAUACUUGAUGCCUACAUCUAUGAAAAAACCCUGCUGGAAGCUACCAGCAACCUGCUGAGCCAGGACCUCCACUGGUCCCUUUGCAGCCUGAGGUCGGCCGUGACCCGCGGCCUGGCCCCUGUCCAAAAGCGCUGCGGGGUCUGCGCCCAGCAGUACGCCCGGCCCGCCGGCCGUGGGGACAGGGUGGUCCUGUUCAGCUGUGGGCACAUUUACCACCACGCCUGCCUGCGGGACAGUCUGAGCCAGCAGGAGGGCCAGGCGGAGGAGUGGGCCUGCUUCAAGUGCCACGCCCCCAACAAGAAGUGGAUCCCGAUCACCCCCAAACGACCCACCCGAGACCCUCAGUGCUUGGAAUUAGAUCCCAGUCAAAUUGCUGCAUCAGACUGUUUGAGAAGAGUUUUCAAGAAUCAGUCAAGGAUCUCAAUCCUGAUGGAUCUCAUCAGACAACCAUCCUCCAGCAUGGAUUCAAGUAAACCCGGAAGUGAUAUCUUCAGGCAAGCGGGCAUCUUGGAAUCGGCAGAUUUAAAGCUAAACCUGGCUCCACCUCCUUUAAUUGACUAGGCCUGUGAGUUUCAAUCUGUAUGGUCCAUAAGCAUGGGCUUGUUCCACUAAUGGCACCUCCCAUAAGGUGCAUCUAUGCCACAUAAUAAUCAACUAUUAGAAUGCAUUUUGUGGCCACUGGCCAUAUUACUGAAGCCACUGUAUUAAAGCCACAAGGUUGGAUUCAAGUUCCAUUUCAGUCAGUUUAGAAAACGUAAAUUCAAUUCACGAAUUUAAAAAUGCCCUGAAUGUUCCAUGGAGUUUUUUUCCUGUUCAUAAAUUGAACUACAAUUAAUUUUCUGAAA